AGGCGACCUCCUAAAUCAAAGUUGGGAGGCGAGGACUGGGCGGAGGGGCCGCGGGGUGCUGGGCUGGGGCCGGCGGGGAGGGGGGGGGAGGAGGAUGGGGGGCGGGCGCAGAGGACGGCGGAGCGGGCCGGACACGGACAGCUCCGUCGCUCCUUCCUUCGGCUCAUCCCCACAUCCCCGCUUCCCCCCUCCUUCGGCGGUGAGCAGCCUCCUCUGCGGACCCUCGGUCCUGUCGGCCGGGGGUCGUCCGUCUCCCGCGGCUCCCCGCACUCGCCACCUCGGCAACUUUCUCCACCAGAGCCCGGGGCUGGGGGGGCUGCUCUGCCUGGGCGGGUUUCUCCCGGGGUUCCUCGGGGGGCAGCCUCUGGAGGAAGGCUUCAGAGUCCCGUAGAGACGCCCGUCGCCCGCACCCUGCCCUGGGCCGGCCUGCCGUCGGGUCUCCGCACCCUCGCUUCUCCGGUUCCCCCCCACCCCCGACAACCAUGACCGAAAUGAGCGAGAAGGAGAACGAGCCGGAUGACGCGGCCACCCACACCCCCCCGGGGACCGUCUCCGCCCUCCAGGAAACCAAGCUCCAGCGAUUCAAGCGCUCCCUCUCUCUCAAGACCAUCCUCCGCAGUAAGAGUGUGGAGAACUUCUUCCUUCGCUCGGGCUCUGAACUCAAGUGCCCGACCGAGGUGCUGCUGACACCCCCAACCCCACUGCCCCCUCCUUCUCCACCACCUGCAUCCACAGACAGAGGUCUGCCCACUCCAGCACCGUCCCCGUGCCCUGUCCCACGCCCCCUGGCACCACUCAAACCGGUAAGGCUGCACAGCUUCCAGGAACAUGUCUUCAAGAGAGCCAGUCCUUGCGAGCUAUGCCAUCAGCUCAUUGUAGGAAACUCCAAGCAAGGCUUACGAUGUAAGACAUGUAAAGUCAGUGUCCAUCUCUGGUGCUCUGAGGAGAUCUCUCACCAGCAAUGCCCAGGCAAGACGUCCACCUCCUUCCGCCGUAACUUCAGCUCUCCCCUCCUGGUGCACGAGCCACCACCAGCCUGUGCCAUGAGCAGAGAGUCCCCACCCACUGGAACCAGUGGAAAGGUGGACCCAGUCUAUGAGACCCUGCGCUAUGGCACCUCCCUGGCACUUAUGAACCGCUCCAGCUUCAGCAGCACAUCUGAGUCCCCCACUCGGAGCCUGAGUGAGCGGGAUGAGCUGACUGAGGAUGGGGAAGGCAGCAUCCGCAGCUCGGAGGAGGGACCUGGGGACAGCGUAUUUACAGCUCCAGCUGAGAGUGAAGGAUCAGGACCAGAGGAGAAGAGCCCUGGACAGCAGCUCCCCAGGCCGCCCCUGCGGAAGGAUGUAGGCCCCAUGUACUCCUACGUUGCACUGUACAAGUUCAUGCCCCAAGAGAACAAUGACCUGGCUCUACAGCCUGGAGACCGGAUUAUGCUGGUGGAUGACUCUAAUGAAGAUUGGUGGAAGGGCAAGAUCGGCGACCGGGUUGGCUUCUUCCCAGCCAAUUUUGUACAGCGGGUGAGGCCAGGAGAGAAUGUUUGGCGCUGCUGCCAGCCCUUCUCCGGGAACAAGGAACAGGGUUACAUGAGCCUGAAGGAGAACCAGAUCUGUGUGGGCGUGGGCAGAAGCAAAGAUGCUGACGGCUUCAUCCGCGUCAGCAGUGGCAAGAAACGGGGCCUGGUGCCAGCCGACGCCCUGACCGAGAUCUGAUGGAAGCCAAGAAAACCCAGAUGCCACCCCUGCCCAUGCCUGGCCCUUGCUUCUGGCCCAGGAAGGGAGCAGGCAUCCUGGCCAUGCCCUUCCUCCCUCUGCCUCUCUCCUAGGCGCCACCCAUCACAGCUUAGGAAACUUCUGCACUGAGGAAGGUUUAUUUCUUGGGCAGGGUGCCCUUGAAUGGGUUGAUACUACUCUGGGACUUGGGAGCAGGGAGGAGAAAGUGGGAAGGAAUAAGGUAGGUCCACCCAGUGCCCAGGUACGCCCAGUCCCCUUGUAAUGCUGAGUCCUACCGUGGGGAGGAUCCUUGCUGUGUCUUCCAGAGACUGUCCACAUGCCUUUGCAUGCCUGACCCACCCUCUCUGUCCACAGAGCCUUUGCUUGGGUCUAUGUGUGUUUGCCCCUUUGCAAAUGGGGCUUUGGGAGGGGGCCUAUCCCUGUCCCUUAGCUCUCUACCCUGACUCAGGGCCAUAGGAGAGCCCUGAGUCCAUCUCUUGGUCUCACCACCUCUAUCACUCCGUCAAUUCUCAGGAAAGUUCUGCAGGAAUCUCUCCCAUUACUUGAAACCUGGGCGGACAGAACCCGGAAGGGCUGAGGUCUGAGGAGGGGGUGACAAAUAGGAGACUGUCUCUUCAAGGAAGCCCAUCACCACAGAGCAGCCUCGUCACACUUCGUUUACCAGAAGAGGGUGUCCAAGAACAUCCUGGACACAGAAAUCCAACGAAGAACAACACCCAUUUCACUGUUGGUCCGCCACUCCCUCCGUCACCAGGAACAGCCAGCCAAGGGAUUGUCAGUUCUAGUUCCCCCAGGAGCCCCACCCAAAGGACUGAUUUUCCUUACCCCAUCUUGCUGGAAUCUGCAGUGCACAGAACUGAUGUUUUGGGGGGCCCCUCUUGUUGGGUCUUCUUUGUCCAGGACAAAGAGCUGUGGGAGAAUACAUCCUGGGGUAGACAGGGAAGGUGGAAAGCUCAGACUGAUGUCUGGGCUGGGAUGUGAAGUAGCAAGGAGGCCUUACUAUGGGGUGGGAAGUGUGAAAAGGACCUCUCCCUUGCAGGCUGCUUUUGUCUGGUGCCAGUCCCCUUACCCCCAAGCUCAGAGCCUCCUCUUGUGCCCUCGGUUGUGUCAGCCCAGCGCCACUCAUCCUGGGCUCAGUCACACCCUCCAUCCAGUGAGAGUGACACAGAUUCUUCUAUCCCACAGACCUUGCCCCACUUCUCCCCAGCAGAGGGGGGGCUCAAGCCACACUGCCCUGUUUGCUGCCAUGAGGCCUCCCCCCGCCACCCUCCCGGGGUGGGCCCAAUGCCCACUGUACAUGAGGCUGCAUGAUGAGUCUACUGGGGUACUGCCAAACCCCCAGACUCCUAAUUAAAUGUUUCUUGUCCCAGC